CCUCCACCCCCUCCACCCCCUUUAUUUUGUAGAUCCGUCGUGAAAGGACCACACCCUUUCCCCCACAGUGCGACAUGCCUCAAAACCUCACCCUCACCGUCGCCGUGGCGCAGGCCAGCACCCAGCCGACCCUGUCCGCCACCCUCGAGGCCCUCGGCCGGACGACCCGCCACGCCGCGGCCAAGGGCGUCCAUCUCAUCCUCUUCCCCGAGGCCUAUCUCGGGGGGUACCCGCGCACCUGCGACUUCGGCAUGGUCAUCGGGGCCCGCCUCCCGCAUGGCCGCGACCAGUUCCUCGAGUACUUCAACGCCGCCGUCGAUCUCGGGGACACGCCGGCUGGGGCGGGCGACGACUGGGUCGACCGCAAGUUGCCCCUGCCGCGGGCCAAGGAGUACCGCGGCGAUGGCACCCGCGAGUAUCUCGAGAAGCUGUCGCGGGAGACGGGGGUGUUCAUCGUGUGCGGCGUGAUUGAGCGCGCCGGGAGCAGUCUGUACUGCUCCGUGAUCUACGUGGAUCCCCGUGAUGGGGCGCUGGGCAAGCGGCGGAAGGUGAUGCCGACUGCCUCCGAACGCAUGAUCUGGGCGCAGGGCUCUCCGUCCACCCUCAAGGCCGUCGCCACCGAGUUGAACGGCGUCCGCGUCACCCUCGCGGCUGCCAUCUGCUGGGAGAACUACAUGCCCCUACUGCGUCAGAGUCUGUACAGCCAGAACGUCAAUCUGUAUCUCGCCCCGACGGCCGACAGCCGCGACACCUGGCUCCCACUCAUGCGCGCCGUGGCCACGGAAGGUCGGACGUUCGUGCUCUCCGCCAACCAGUGUGUGCGACGCCGCGAGCUGCCCGGCUGGAUUACCGCCCCGCAAGGGGGGGUCGCCGAGGCAGACGGAGACGAGUAUGUGUCGCGGGGCGGAUCCUGCAUCGUCGGCCCGCUGGGGGAUGUCCUCUGUGAGCCGAUCUGGGAGGUCAGCACGGAUCGCGGGGCCGAUGCCAGCGAUGUGAAUGAUCCGGCCAUCGCGGCUGCCCUCUCGAUUGCGGAGAUUGACCUCGACGAUUGCCAGCGAGGCAAGCUCGACAUAGACGUCACGGGGGGCUCGUCACGGAGCGAUGCCUUCAAGCUGACGGUGGAGGGCUUGGAUCUGAACCCUCCCCCGCAAUAGGGGAGGACCGGUUUUAUGGAGGCAUGAACUGUUGGUUAAUUGCAUUAUAUAAUUUUUCACGCGACGCAUCAUUAUAAAUCCUAUCCUGGCGUUUGGACACCUUUGAA